UGUGGUUUGGGGCAGUCGCUGUCGUCUCGUCGGUGAUUCCCGCUGUCUGGUCGUUUUAAGGUGCUGUGUCACACGAGCGGCUUGUAUACGUCUGAGCAAUUGUAAUGCGGCACCCACAAGACCGGAGCAUCGCGUCCGUGGGAACUACUGUAUUUCUUUAACAGAGUGCGCGCACGCGAGAGAGAGCGAUCGACCAUACGCCCGGUCGCCAGUGUGUUUGUCGUCUGGUCCUUACUCGGUAUGUGAACAAUGAACAUUUAGGAACUAUUUUGAAAGAAUACCAUAUUUUUGCAGCCUACAUAACUGACGGAAUUGACAGAUUCGCGUGUUUUCAAAAUGAAUCCUCCGUGCGCAAGAUGUGGGAAAAUUGUCUAUCCGACAGAGAAAGUGAAUUGUCUCGAUAAGAACUGGCAUAAAGGAUGUUUCCACUGUGAGGUCUGCAAAAUGACCCUGAACAUGAAGAACUACAAAGGCUACGACAAAAAGCCCUACUGUAAUGCGCAUUACCCGAAGACUUCCUUCACCAUCGUCACGGACACACCUGAGAACCUGCGCCUGAAACAGCAGAGCGAACUCCAGAGCCAGGUUAAGUACAAGAAGGACUUUGAGGAGAGCAAAGGCAGAGGCUUCAGCAUCGUGUCCGACACGCCGGAGAUGCAGAGACUGAGAAAAACCCAGGAGCAGAUCAGUAAUGUAUGCAGUGUGUGCGUGCGUCUGUGUGUGUGUGUGUGUGUG